UCAUCCUUUAGACACACAACUCUUCUCAGAGACACAGAUCUUUUGAAAGCUGAUGGGGACAUCUUUCUCCAAAGCAAUUCAGGAGUUAAUCCUCAACCAAACAACCCUGUGAAGUAACUCAGGAGUACAGGGUUCAUUUUUUGUUUUCUUCCAAAAACUCUAGGGAAAUGUGGAACACAGUAUCUACAUAUCACUCUUCUGAAAACUUCAGAGAUCCCUCUGUUCUCCAAGCAGAUGGAGAUCCCACUCUAUCAAGGGUUUUGUCUGUUGGCUCUUCCAAAGAGGCUGGUGCUCCUGACUCUUAAGAGUAAGAAAGAGAAAGCUUCCUGGACAUCCCGACUGCCCCAGGUGUCUCUCAGUGCCCUCCCUGCCUACCGACCUGACAGCACAACCAAGUAGGCAGACAUCAUGCCACCUGCUUAUGGGUUUUACGUCAUCAAAUUGUGACGCAGCACCCUCACGUAGGUGCUCCACUGUGACAUCACCUGCCCUUUGCAAUAUAUAAAGCCGGAAGCGGAAGCGUCCUCCAGCUGCACCAGGCAGUGUGGGAUGCUUAGCAUCGUUGCCCGUGGCUUCCCUAGUCCGGGCGACUAGUGUCCCCCUGCUUCACAACUGCCAGCCGAGUGCCUCCGUACCCGAGAAGAGAAAAAGAGGUGGAAGAGGAAACAUGAAUAUGCUGUUGCUUCUACUGAGCGGCAUUCUGUUUGCUUUUCUGUUUGUCUUCUUGAAAAACCGCUUUCAGAGCAGCGUUGGUGAAAUGUCAUCAAAUUCGACUUCUCUUGCACUAGUAAGACCAACCUCUUCUACUGGGUCAACUAAGAGCAAUACUGAUAAGAGUCUUUCAGUCAUCAGCCUCUCUCGGGAUAUCUUAAUUAAUUCCCCACACAUGAUAACCAUGCAGAAGCGAAUACUGGUAAACCUCAGGAUCGUGGAAUACAAGCUGGCUGAAUUGGAACAUUUCCUAGUUAUCAAGGGCUUAAAUGGUGCAUUAGUUAACUGGAAAUCUGACAGGCUUAGAGAAUGUCAUAACAGUGAAGGCAAUCAUUAAAGGCACUUUG